GGGUUUUUUUUCCAGCAUAACACACGUAGACAUGGCAGACAUGAGUUACAGUCGGAGAAUUGCGGUUUGGACCUGUGUGUGUCUCACAUCUGCUCAGGAUGUCAGACACGUCUGGUAACUCAAACAUGGAGGAGAUGGUUUAGUAUGAUACAGGUCCAACCGAUCUGCGAUUCGUGUUUAGUCGCUACACAGUAAAAAAGACGUGAAUUUGUUUGGAAAUGGUUGAUGAUUAAAAUCAGGGCAAAGUGCACGACUACAUAAGUCAGUGAGGACACACGCAGAGUAGGCUAUCCUCGCCAUUGCAUAACUUUUACUUCCAUGUAUCUGAAGUUGGGCGCCAGGAUUUGAGCGCUAUGUGGUACUUUUGCGAUGUUUUCGGCCGUAUAUGGCAGUCGCCGUUUAUUUUGUUUUAUUUGUUUGCGUUUUGGAUCGCACCUGCGUUCCUGCAUCCGCAGUGUUUGGAUUUUAAACCUCCCUUUCAGCCUCAACAAGAACUACAGUUCUGUCAAAUGUAUAAAUACUUCGGCUGCUGUGACUAUGCCAGAGACCAAGAGCUGAUGGCAAAAUACUAUCGGAUAAUGGAUAAUUUCGAUUAUUAUGGGUAUUCCAACUGUGCAGUUUACGUCCAGGAUUUGCUCUGUCAGGAAUGCUCUCCAUACGCUGCUCACCUUUUUGAUGCCGAAGACCCCAGCACACCUUUACGGACCAUACCUGGACUCUGCCCGGACUACUGCUCUCAGUUCUAUUCCAAGUGCAGAUCCUUUCUUACCUUGUUGUCUGAUGACCCACGUCUUUCAGAACUUGAGCAUGACCAGCGCAGACUUUGUCAGUACCUCGAGCUGGAUGACCCAGAUUACUGUUAUCCUCAUCUGCUGAGCAAUGAACGGUUGACCAAAAAUCUGGGCCGCACCUCAGCAGACUCUGAAGGCUGCUUGCAGCUGUGUUUGGAGGAGGUUGCCAAUGGACUCAGAAAUCCUCUUGCCAUGGUUCACGCCAAUGAUGGCACGCACAGGUUUUUCAUUGCUGAACAAGUUGGCCUGGUCUGGGUAUACCUUCCAGAUCGAUCAAAGCUGGAAAAGCCAUUUCUAAACAUCACAAAGGCUGUGCUGACAUCUCCAUGGGAAGGUGAUGAAAGAGGCUUUUUGGGACUCACCUUUCACCCCAACUUUAAAUACAACGGGAAGCUUUAUGUUUACUACUCUGUUGAGGUGGGCAUUGAUGAAAGAAUCCGUAUUAGUGAGUUCCGGAUCUCUUCUACAGAUAUGAACGUGGUUGACCAUGGUUCAGAGAGAAUAAUUUUGGAGAUCGAUGAACCUGCUUCUAAUCACAAUGGUGGGCAGCUUCUCUUCGCUGAUGAUGGAUACUUAUACAUCUUUACUGGGGAUGGUGGAAUGGCAGGAGAUCCAUUUGGGAAAUUUGGAAAUGCACAGAACAAAUCUGCCCUUUUGGGAAAGGUUCUGCGCAUUGAUGUAGAUGACAACGAAAGGGGGCCACUUUAUAGAAUCCCACCGGACAAUCCGUUUGUGCAUGAACCCAAAGCUCGUCCAGAGGUGUUUGCCUACGGAGUGAGGAACAUGUGGAGGUGUUCGGUAGACAGAGGAGAUCCGAACACCAAGGAAGGAAAAGGACGAAUCUUCUGUGGGGAUGUGGGCCAGAAUAAGUAUGAGGAAGUAGACAUUGUGGAGAAAGGCCGGAAUUAUGGCUGGAGAGCAAAAGAGGGCUUCUCUUGUUACGACAAAAAACUCUGUGCCAACAGCUCCUUAGAUGAUGUUCUUCCAAUUUAUGCAUAUCCACACAAAAUGGGUAAAUCUGUCACAGGUGGAUAUGUUUACAGAGGCUGUGAAAAUCCAAAUUUAAAUGGAAUGUACAUAUUUGGAGACUUCAUGAGUGGACGCCUGAUGAGUUUAAAGGAAAACAGAAACACACACAAUUGGGAAUUCAGUGAGAUUUGCAUGGGUGUGGGCCUGACUUGUUCAUUUCCAGGGCUCAUUAACAAUUACUAUCCGUACAUCAUAUCGUUUGCAGAGGAUGAAGCAGGUGAACUCUAUUUCAUGUCCACUGAAAUACCAAGUGCAACAUCUCCGACAGGUGUUGUGUACAAGAUUGUUGAUCCCUCAAGACGUGCACCACCAGGAAAAUGUCAUUAUGAGCCUCUUUCAGUUCGUGUUAGGAGCAAACUUAUACCAUUCGAGCCAAAGGAAACACUAAUAGGAGUCCAUGUUCCAACAAAGAAUCCCAGACUCUCAAAUCCAGAGGAACCUCCUGACACUGGCUCAAAAAACUGGCUUCAAGAGCUGCUGGACAUCUUUAGAGAGCAGGACGAGCAGAUCACCCCCACACCAUUCACCCCAACUACACUCAAGCCCCUCAGGACAUCCAGGCAGAGGAAAGGUAGACGCAGGAAGGGCAAGCACAAGAACGGAGCAGUGAGAUUGGUCGGGGAUGAAGAGGGUCGGAGGGAUCGGGGAAGGGUGGAAGUAUACGCUAAUGGGGAAUGGGGGACCGUUUGUGACGAUCUCUGGAACACUAAGAAUGCCAUAGUGGUUUGCCGGCAGCUCGGGUUCCAACAUGCACUUAAGGCUGCCAAGCACGCUGAGUUUGGGGAGGGGACGAGCCUGAAGAUUAUUCUGGAUGAUGUGCAGUGUUUGGGGACAGAGGAAACUCUCUUGGACUGUCAGCAUGCUGGGAUUGGCACACACAACUGCGCUCACUACGAAGACGCAGGAGUGAUAUGUGGAAAUUCAGGCCUGGAAUAAUCUGAAAACAAGCUUUUUGUUAUUAGUUGUAGCACAUAGGUCUACCUCAGCUUUACCAACUGCAAUACAGAAGACAUAUGGACUAUAAUAAAAUGUGAUAUUUGAAUUUAAUUUUUAUCUAACAAAGCAUUCAUGUUCAUGGUUUGAUGCUCAAAUUCAUAGACCUAUGUGGAUGUUUUAUUUUGUCUAAAUCAAGGAGGUUUUGUUAUCCAAUACAUUACGUCUUUGCAUAACUUUUGUAACAGUUAAUUUUUCCAAUAUUCAUUCACAAAUAAAUUUGGAGUGAUGA